AUGGCGUUAUUCGUACCAGUGAAGAAGAAACUCACGGAUGUUAAACUAGGAGAGCUGCCAAGCUGGAUAUUGAUACGGGAUUUCACACCUAAAGGCAUUUUUGGAGCCUUGCAAAGAGGUUACUACUGGUAUUACAAGUACGUCAGUGUGAAGAAAGGGGGUGUCACUGAGGUUUCCAUGGUGCUGGCAGGUUACGUGCUUUUCAACUACUGCCUUUCUUACAAGGAACCCAAGCAUGAGCAAGCCUCAAUGUCAGCUAGCAGUGAGUGGUUAGAUUCUCAGGUGUUUCCUGAUCAUGCGCACAGCACUAUGCAUGAAGAUGAACUUCCUAGAAAUAUGCUGGAGCUUUUUAAGGCCUCUAUUGACAUCUCAUUCUUCAGCUUUCCUUUUAAAGCUUUUUGGUACUGGCAAUGUGGGAUGCUAUUUUUUAAGGCUGCCAUGUUGCUGGAGAUGGGCUUUAACGACCACAUUUCCACCGGCAGCGUGACUGACAGCGCGAGUCCUUAG